UUUCAUAAUGGGAAAUACAGAAGGUUGGGCUGUUCUUUUCAGGGCUUAGAGUUGGCAGAGAUACAGAGCUGCUAUCACAACUUCUCAGCAGCACCUUGCAGAGAGUUUCUAAUGGAACUGAGAGGUUCUGAUGGAACCUCCUGAAGUGGUUUGGGGAGGUCGUCAGAGGAGCGACAGCAAGUGAGCUCUGUGGAAGUGUUCUGGGAUUGUUCCUUUGUUUUGCUCAGGCCCCACUGAAAUCCUACCUUUGCAAAGCAGCAUUGCUGGUGAGUGACUAUUGGGAGGUCUAUUUUAUGACUUAGAAAAAAAUAAUUAAAAAUCAGUUACAGAUUUAGAAUUAAAAAUUAAAAAUCAGUUACAGGUUUAGAAUCCCAGAAUGGUUUGGGUUGGAAGGCUCAUCUUGUUCUGACCCCCUGCCACGGGCAGGUCCAUUGACCAGGUUGCUCAAAGCCCUGUCCAGCUUGGUCCUGAGCACUUUCAGGCAUAUCACACUCUAGUGAUCCUGGUGUUCUGCAUGGGAAUGCUGUAAGGGGGACUUGGGGGUGUUUGUCAGUAAAGCAGCAACAUCUUGUUCACUACCCCAGUGUCACUACAGGUGUAUUUAUGGGGUGUUCCACACCACAGCCAGGACAUGGGUAUUAUUUAUACCACCCUUCCCAGCUAAAUAAUCAGAGCUUGUUAUUACACAUCAGUGACAUAUUCUGGCUUGGCUUUCACUGUAACUCCUUCAGGGAAGCAUUGGAUUUAAACUAAAAUUGUGGCAAAAAGACAGCAGAAGAAAUACAGUGGAUAUUCAUACUAGAGGACAAUGUGUGUGUCCUGUUAAUGUCUAAUGAUUUGGCCUUUUCAAUCUUUUAAGGCAGCUUUUUUCAAUGCCAUUAGCAUCAUAGACAUCUGGUUUCUUACUUGUAGCCUCCUUCUUGCUGAGUUAUAAACUCCUUGGCAGAAAUGAGCAGCAAAGGAAUUUCCUGGAGGGAUUUUAAAUGGACACGUGCAUUCCUCUGCUGGUCCCACUUUAACCUACAAAGUGAGUGUAUCUACUGAAAAACUUUUAAAAAUUCAUUUAAAAAAUAUAGAGGUGAAGAAGCCAUGGAGAGUUUUGCAGCUUCUGCUGUGUUAGAAACCCCAAUUUCUCCAGUGAGGAACUUCCCAGACCCGGUUUCUGUGCAUGUAUUCCCAGUUCCAGAGUGGAUAAGCUAACUGGAGAGCUCUUUCCUCACUUUAGAGGAGUGUCAUUAGGAUGAGAACAUGGAACAGCUCAUGCUUGAGAAUAGCAGCAUUUGCUUGUAGUCACUUCAAAUUUCCAGCAGGUAAAAGGACAGCACAGCAUUUUUCCAGCAUUAAUGGCUCUUGUUAUCUGAGAGCAGGAUGUGCUGGAAUCACCAUUCCUGAAGGGAUUUAAAAGCAAAUGUGAGCACACCAACCAUGAUGCAGGAAAAUAGUGGUCAGAAAGCAAAUGCAUCCUGCUCACACUAUCCACAAGCCUUGGAGCUGUAGCCCAUUCCUUUCCCUUCCUGGCCACCUCCCCACCAGUGCCAUGGCAGCCUGAGCUGCAGCGAUGGCACAGGACAACUCCUCCCGGGUGACUGAAUUCAUCCUCCUGGGGCUUUCUGACAGGCAGGAGCUGCAACUCCUCUUCUUCACCCUCUUCCUCCUGGCCUACACCAUGGUCCUGCUGGGCAAUCUCCUCAUCAUUGUGACAGUCAGGACUGACCCCAAGCUCUCCUCGCCCAUGUACUUCCUCCUCUGCAAUCUGUCCUUCAUCGAUAUCUGCUACACCUCUGUCACCAUCCCCAGGGUGCUGGUGGCCCUGCUCUCAGGGCACAAGGCCAUUGCCUUUGAGGGCUGCAUGGCCCAGCUGUUUUUCCUGCACUUUGUGGGUUCCUCGGAGAUGUUCCUCCUGACGGUGAUGGCGUUCGACCGCUACACGGCCAUCUGCAGGCCCCUGCACUACACGGCCAUCAUGGCCCGCGGGGCCUGCUGGGUGCUGGUCGCUGCCUGCUGGGCCGGGGGCUUUAUCCACUCCAUUGUCCAGACUGUGCUCGUGCUCCAGCUGCCCUUCUGCGGCCCCAACACCAUCCACAGCUACUUCUGUGACGUGCCGCCCGUCGUCCGCCUGGCCUGCGCCGACACCGCCCUCACCGAGUGGCUCGUGGCCUCCAACAGCGGCCUCAUAUCCCUGGGCUGCUUCCUGGUGCUGGUGGCCUCCUACGCGCUCAUCCUGGCCAAGGUCUGGGCCCGCGUCUCCCAGGGGAACUGGAAGGCGUUGUCCACGUGUUCCUCACACGUGAUGGCCGUCACCCUGCUCUUCACGGCCUGCAUCUUCACUUACCUGCGGCCUGCUGGGACCUUUCUCACCAGCAAGUAUGUCUCUGUCAUCUACACGAUCUUCUCACCCAUGAUGAACCCCCUCAUCUACACCCUGAGGAGCAGCGAGGUGAAGGAAUCCAUGUGGAGACUCUGGAAGUGCUGCAGAGCCUUCUGAGACAGGCUGAGUUGGCAGAACCCUGGAGUUACACCCAGAGUGACACCUGGAGACACAUUCCUACUCUACUCCUACACAAUAAUGACUUAGUGGCUAAAGCCCACACACUUCAAAUUAUGUACAAAUGCAUUUCUACACACGUGUUACUGUUAAUAUUAAAAAUCCAUGCUGAAAACCCCAAACUUCCUAAACAUUUUCACUUGUGUGGCAUCAUAAUUUUCAAAUAAAUAAAUGAAUCCAGGGUGA